ACUGCUGUGCAACUUUCGGCACGCCAUUGUGGAAACCGGAAACUAGCUACUUUCACAUAAACGUUGCUCGGUCCGUACUCUCAGGCUUGCGCUUCAGUUUCUAAAUUGAGUUUUUAAUCUUUUUAAACAAAAAAAAGUAGAAACUGCCCCCACAAUGGCUACGGACUCUUGGGCCCAGGCAGUGGACGAGCAAGAAGCUGCGGCGGAAUCGAUUGGUAACCUUCAGAUAAAAGAAAAACCAGAGGAAAAUGGCACGCUUUCAAACGCAACAGACUCGGGUAGUGCAGCUGCAAAAUCAGAACCCGAGGGAGAAAACAAGACUACAGAGGACGAUGAUAAAGAUGACAAAGCGGCACAAUCAUUAUUGAACAAGCUAAUCCGGAAUAAUCUUGUCAAUAACACCAAUCAGGUGGAAGUUCUUCAGAAGGAUCCCAACUCUCCGCUCUACUCAGUCAAGUCCUUUGAGGAGUUGCGACUGAAGCCACAGCUGCUUCAGGGUGUUUAUGGCAUGGGUUUCAACCGGCCAUCUAAAAUCCAGGAGACUGCCUUACCUAUGAUGCUGGCUGGACCUCCACAGAAUCUGAUUGCUCAGUCACAGUCAGGAACAGGGAAAACUGCUGCCUUUGUUCUGGCUAUGCUCAGUCAUGUAGAUCCUGACAACAAAUAUCCCCAGUGCCUCUGUGUGUCACCCACCUAUGAACUGGCACUUCAGACUGGCAAGGUUAUCGAGCAGAUGGGGAAGCACUAUCCUGAGGUCAAACUAGUCUACGCAAUCAGAGGAAAUAAAUUGCCCAGGGGCAUGAAGCUACAGGAACAGAUCGUUAUUGGGACCCCUGGCACCAUGCUGGACUGGUGCAGUAAAUUCAAGUUCAUCGACCCCAAGAAGAUCAAGGUGUUUGUGUUAGACGAGGCAGAUGUCAUGAUCGCAACACAGGGUCACCAAGACCAGAGCAUCCGCAUCCAAAGGAUGCUGCCUCAAACCUGCCAGAUGUUGCUAUUCUCAGCCACGUUUGAAGAGACAGUGUGGAACUUUGCCCAGCGCAUCGUGCCUUCUCCAAACAUCAUAAAGUUAAAGAGAGAGGAGGAGACCCUUGAUACCAUCAAACAGUACUACGUGUUGUGCAACAGCAGGGAGGAAAAGUUCCAAGCCCUCUGUAACGUCUAUGGAGCCAUCACUAUCGCCCAGGCCAUGAUCUUCUGCCAUACGAGGAAGACAGCAGGCUGGCUUGCUGGGGAACUGUCCAGAGAGGGCCACCAGGUUGCGCUGCUCAGCGGUGAGAUGCAGGUGGAGCAGAGGGCUGCUGUCAGACGCUUCAGAGAUGGCAAGGAGAAGGUUUUGGUCACCACGAAUGUUUGUGCUCGAGGUAUCGACGUUGAGCAAGUUUCUGUGGUGAUCAACUUUGACUUGCCUGUGGACAAGGAUGGUAACCCGGACAACGAGACAUACCUGCACAGGAUCGGCCGCACAGGACGAUUUGGCAAAAGGGGACUGGCCAUCAACAUGGUGGACGGCAAGAUGAGCAUGAACAUCCUCAACAGGAUCCAGGAGCAUUUCAGUAAGAAAAUCGAAAGAUUAGACACAGAUGAUCUGGAUGAAAUCGAGAAAAUCGCCAGCUAAAGAAAGCGUUGUUUAUUGCAUGAAGGACGCAAACUCGACUGCCCCUCCCCUCUUUGUCCCCCCCCCCAGGACUGUACGCUCCUACAGUGUUUUAUGCUUUUAUUUUUUUUAGCUGUUGGAGAAAAGAGCAAAACCACAAACACAAUAUAUGUUUACAUGUGGAUAUGUUUCCUCUCGGACGAGUGUUUUUGUAAGUCUCGGGAGCAUACCCCAUUCACUCUUUGUACCUCUUUGAAUAAAGUGUCUGAGUUUAUCGCUUUGUAUCGUGAUGCUGUACUAAGCAGCCAUAGUGGACUCUGGUUUCACUGAACACAAAUGGAUUUAUUGAAACACUUUUUGGUGUUGGUCAUAGCUAUUAAGAGAUUCACAAAAAAAAAAGUAUGAACGAAAAACUAUUUUAUGUGCCACAGAGUUUAGAAUUUUUAAAGGGAAAAAAAGAAAAGAAUAAUUGAAUGUAACUAUCAUAUUGAUAAUAUUUAUUUUACUCUGUAUCGACCAAAAGUACAAAGGGUGAAUUUGGGUAUGCUGCUCUGAGCUGUAGUUUAAUCAUAAUGUUUGUAACUGAGAUGGUGAUGGUUGGGUUUAAGGGUCUAUGCAAACUUAUCAACCUGUGAUAGCUAUUAUCAAAUCCUAUCAACCUGUAUUCACAUAACAUACAAUUACUCCUGAAUUAACCUCAGCUUUAGCAUCAGGGUGUGUAGUCAAAUGCCAAAAAAAGCCUCCUAGAGUGAUACACUACUAACUUCAAGUCAUUGAGAUAAUUGUUUCAUAAGAAAUCAUCAGCCACCCACACAUCUCACAUUUAAUUUAUAUCAUAAAACAUCCGCCAUUAUCAGGACAGGCUAUGUGCCACUGUUGAGCAUUAUUCAAUAGUCUUAUUUUUUUACUCAAAAUGUGGC